AUGGAGGACAAUAAAUUGGGUGAUAAUGAACGUCAAUCUACUAAAGAUAUCAACAUAGACGACCUAAAUAAUGAAGACGCAUCAACAGAAAUAAAGGGUCUUGACGCAAAUCGCUAUGCUACGAAGAAGACUGUGGCGCAGGGAAUGCUUGACAUUGCACUAUUAACAUCGAAUGCAUCUCAACUAAAAUAUGUGCUUCAAGUUGGACCGAAACACGAGUUUUAUACGUUGCUAGUUGUUCUCAUCUCUAUUUCUAUUGUAUUACAGGCGAGUGCGGGCGUUUUGGCCUUAAUUAUAUCAGCCUUGGAUGAAGAAAAUAAUAUAAAACAGAAGAAAAUUGCAGAUUGGCUUUAUCAUAUUUCAGUGGGUAUGAUGACUGGUGUAGUGUUUUGUGACGUCAUAAAAAUGACUUUUGGCCUCGAUCCUGCACUCUCUCAGGAAGAUUAUUUUAGUAAUUCGUCAGCGAUGCAUAUAAUUAACAAAAUCUUAAAAACC